AUGGCCGCCGCAGGCGCGUCGCGGGCCGAUCUUGGCGGGCAGCCGCAGGCGGGGCCGGCCUGGCCGUCGCGCCCCGCGCCGCCCAGAGGAGCCGACGCGCAAGAUGGUCUCCUUCGACAUGGCUCUGGAGUGCUUCAGCCCCGCCGGCCUGGCGGAGGAGUUCGUCCAGGCGCUGCGCAACGACAGCCACGCGAGGCUGGGCUCCCCCGCCAAGGGCAGAGCGCCGCUGCGGGCUCGGGCCGUCUGGCAGGAAGGACGACGCUCCAGACAGAUCGGCAUCAUCGCCAGUGUUUGGCGACACCAGUACGCCACCAUGUGCGCAGAAGGAAGGAGGACGACGCCGAGUUGGCCGAGAUCGAGGCCUUCGCCGACGAGCAGGCACGGCGCUUCAUGCCCACGAUCGACCGGCGGCGCGCGCGCCGGACCGCGACCGCCAGCGUCGGCCGCGCGGCGCAGGCGGACAGCAUCAACUUCCAGAUGAAGACCUCUGCCCUGUGGCAGCGCAGAGGAUCGCGACUGGAGGUAGCCUGGGAGUCCUCGGCUGCAUGGUCGUGUGAUUUUUUCUGCUCGGGGUGGUGGAUGGAGUGUGGUCUCCUCUGGGGCGUGGCCAACAACCUCGCCUCGCCGCUUUGCAUCCGCCAUAUAUCGAGCCGAGAAGGCGCUAUAAUUACUGUUUAG